CUUCCGGCUAUUUAUCAGGUCUGCCUCGGUUUGUUUCUUCUCGAAUCAGAGUCAGGAAAGGAACCCUAAUCGUAGCCGCCGACAUGAUUUACGACGUCAACUCCACCCUCUUCCGUUCCUUCCUUAGCCAGAAGGGCGGAACUUCCGCCGAUAAGAGGAAAUCUGAAGAGCAGAAGCCAAAGGAGCAGAGGCCAAAGGCGAGCGAGAACAAACCCGUGAUGACCGAAUGAGACCAUGGGUCAUGAUGAUUUGUUAAUUCGGCUAGUGACUAUUUUGUUUUGACUGAAAACUUUUGCUAAACAUGUAUUUUGUGCGCCAAUGACACCGAAAUAGCCGUGCUCUUCAAAUGUUUGCCCACUAUUAAAGUUGCAUUUCCUGUGGUUGGAUUAAGCAAA